CUCCGCCAUGCCUCCCGAGUCCCGAGCCCUCGUGGCACCCCUAUCCUCGGCGAUCCCAAGAGUCUGGAAUCGUGUAGGGGUCCUGUCACCCAAUGAGCGAGCCCGUUGUUGGCCAGAUAGAAAGUGACUUCCUCCUAACGAGACCCCAAAGACACUCACCCCUGGGGCGCCCACUCCAUCCGACGGCUGCAUAAGCCGCACCCACGCAUGAACGCCAUUUGUUUCCCCGUCCGUCACCCUCCAACUGUGGCGAGUGCAUCAGGCGAGAGCCAGUCAGGAGCCGUAAGCCUUCCACACCUGGCGCACACCCCCAAAGAAGUAGCAGCUCAGCCACUUCAGCCACGCAACUCUCUGCCCAUAUCGGUUGAACACUCCAAAGUGUGGCUCGCCUCUAAAGCCACAUGAAGCAAGUGAUCGACAUCUUCCCUACACUUGUGGCGGACGAGGUCGAAGCCGAACAUGAGGCCUAAGACCCUCCGCUAAACCUAAUUGUUUUACGCGAAGGGGCUGAACCCUUGGCCAGCUGAGAUGUCAUGGUCUUGAGGAAUCUGACUGGGUACUUCCCCUGAAGAAUGAUGCGACUUUGAGAUAUAGUUUGCAGUGAUCUUCAUGCCACAGAGGAUCUUGGGCGCUGGAUUGUCGACCUGUGGCACCAACUGUGGCUAGUAGCCGCGCAAUCAUGGCGCAUCUUUGUCUCGUCACAGACGCACAGAGAUCAUCUGGAAU